AUGGCAAAGAGAUAAUAAAGAAUGAAUAAUAAUAAUAAUAAUUUACAUAUUUAUUUCUCUGACCUCUGACCAAAGGUAUUCUGUUUAUUUUUGUUAAAAUAUUAAUAGAUAAACAGGAUGGCAAGAUAUUCUUCAGAUUCUGAUUCCGAUCGUAGUAAACAUAGGCGAAAACAUUACGGAAGGACAAGAUCGAGCAGCUCGGACUCGAGCGGCAGUUCCUCUUACAAGAGGAAAUCGGCAAAACAUUCUAAAACGAAGAGGCGACAUCGUACGCGAUCGAGAAGUAGAGACAGGGAUAGGGACAGGGAGAGAGAGAGAUCUUCGAAAAGUUAUAAGUAUUCGAGGGAAGAUUCCAGAGACAGGGAGAGACGCAAACAAAAGUCUCGAAGAUCCAGAUCGCAGUCGGCGCCGAGUCACAGGAAACAGAGGAGAUCCAUUUCCAGGGAAAAAUCUACCAGCCGAUCUAGCAGUUCUCAGUCCAUUGCAAAACCCAUCGUUACUCUUACUGAAAAAGUCCAGGCCAUUCCGAAAGACGACUUCUCUAUUGCACCCAACAUCAAGGAAUCAGUUCUCGAAGAAAUUAACAGCGAGGGUUUCGCCCCAAAACAGUUUACCUCCACGGCACAAAAUAAGGAAUCGUCAAAGUCGAAACCUAUCGUUAUCGACAUCACUGCUGACACGAUUCACGUUCCACCAAUCACGACAAUCGUACAAUCUGACAGCAUAUUUCACACAUCUAUAAUGGGAGACCAAGAAGGAAGGUUCGACAAAUGGGUCAAGAAAUUGUACUUGAUACGACAGAAGGCUCAACCAGAAUCAAUCAACUAAAAUAGUAUCUUCCUUUACACAUUUUAUUUUUCUCAUAAGAAUUUACAAUUUGUCACAAGUUUCUUAAAACGAGCAACCAAAAAUGAAAUGUCAUCUUCUCUUUAAGUAACUAAAUUAAAUCUUGGAAGUAUGUAACAUUCAUUUAUAUAUUUAUGUAUAUCAUUAUAUCUUUCUUGCGAUAAUCUAUCGGGGAAACAAUUGAUGUACAAACAUGCA